CCGGCCCUGUCGUUGCAGAGCAGCACCGCCGAGAACAAGAAACUGCAGCGGGCGCUAGAGGGGCGGACCUGAGGUCGCGGAUUCCGAAGCCCCGGAGGCAGAUUCCGAGUGCCGUGGCCCUGGACACACUGAGGCAGGAAUGGCCCCGAGACCUCCGACGGCCACGCCUCAGGAGUCGGUGACGUUCAAAGAUGUGGCUGUGAACUUCACCCAGGAAGAGUGGCACCACGUGGGCCCUGCCCAGAGGAGCUUAUAUAGGGAUGUCAUGCUGGAGAACUAUGGCCACCUGGUUUCGCUCGGGUAUCAAGUCUCCAAGCCAGAAGUGAUCUUCAAAUUGGAGCAAGGAGAAGAGCCAUGGAUAUCAGAGAGAGAAAUCCAAAGACCUUUCUGUCCAGACUGGAGGACCAGGCCGGACAUCAAAUCAUGGAGCCCUCAGCAGGGUGGAUCUGAAGUCUCCCGCAGUACAAAUGUUUUGUCACAUGCCACAUUAAGAGAUAUCUGGGAUGUCAAUGUCCAGAGGCACCAGGAAAGUUGGAGAAGGCAUCUGGGACCAGAGGCAUCUUCCCAGAAGAGAAUAACCACUCUAGAGAAAAAAAUUGAGCAAAAUAAAUUUGGUGAAGACUCUAAUUUGAGCACAGACUUGGCUCCACAACUGGACAUUUCUUCAAGUAUAAGGCCCAACGAAUGUAAAACAUUUGGAAAUAAUUUGGAACAAAAUUCAGAAUUAGUUACUCAGAGUAGUAUCCUUGCCAAAAAGAAGCCUUAUAAAUGUGAUAAAUGUAGAAAAUCAUUUAUUCAUAGAUCAUCACUUAAUAAACAUGAGAAAAUUCAUAAAGAUGAUGCUUAUCCCAGUGGUACAGAUCAAGGAGUUCAUUCUGGAAGGAAACAUCAUGAGUGUACUGACUGUGGGAAAACCUUCCUCUGGAGAACACAGCUCACUGAGCAUCAGAGAAUUCACACUGGGGAAAAACCCUUUGAGUGUAAUGUGUGUGGAAAGGCCUUCAGACACAGCUCGUCCCUUGGUCAGCAUGAAAACGCACAUACAGGAGAGAAACCCUAUCAGUGUAGUCUCUGUGGGAAAGCCUUUCAGCGCAGUUCAUCUCUUGUUCAGCACCAGAGAAUCCAUACUGGGGAAAAACCUUAUCGAUGUAAUCUCUGUGGGAGGUCAUUCAGGCACAGUACAUCCCUUACUCAACAUGAGGUCACACAUAGCGGGGAGAAACCCUUCCAAUGUAAGGAGUGUGGGAAAGCCUUUAGUAGAUGCUCUUCCCUUGUUCAACAUGAGAGGACCCAUACAGGAGAGAAGCCUUUUGAAUGUAGCAUAUGUGGGAGGGCUUUUGGUCAGAGCCCAUCCCUUUAUAAGCAUAUGAGGAUUCAUAAAAGAAGCAAACCUUACCAAAGUAACAACUUUAGCAUGGCCUUUGAGCCUAAUACUCCUCUUACUCAAGGUGAAAGUGCGCUUACUGAAGUACAGUUGUACCAUUGUAAUGACUGUGAGAAAGACUUCAGUCACAUCACGGACUUCACAGAGCAUCAGAGACUCCAUGCUGGAGAGAAUUCCUAUGACUCUGAACAGGCCCUUAGUCAGCAGUCCAUGUCUCAUCCCCGAGAGAAACCCUAUCAGUGUAAUGUAUGUGGAAAGGCUUUUAAAAGGAGUACAAGUUUUAUAGAACAUCAUAGAAUUCAUACUGGAGAAAAACCCUAUGAAUGUAAUGAGUGUGGAGAAGCCUUCAGUCGACUCUCAUCACUUACGCAACAUGAGAGAACCCACACUGGCGAGAAACCAUAUGAAUGCAUUGACUGCGGGAAGGCCUUCAGUCAAAGUUCAUCCCUUAUUCAGCAUGAAAGAACUCAUACUGGAGAGAAGCCCUAUGAAUGUAAUGAGUGUGGGCGUGCCUUUAGAAAGAAGACCAAUCUGCAUGAUCAUCAGAGGAUUCAUACUGGAGAGAAGCCCUAUGCCUGUCAGGAAUGUGGGAAGAACUUCAGCAGGAGCUCAGCCCUUACUAAACACCACAGAAUUCAUGCACGGAAUAAACUGUAGGAAAGCUAACUGAUGGGGUGGGUAGGGAGCUCUGUCUAAAAUCUGGUUCCAACCCAGUGUCAGAGAAUCCUGAAAGUCUGAGAAUGUAAUUAUGCGUUUAUAUGCUGUGUAUGGAAAAAACUGCCACUAGAAGAAACAUUUUUUUUUUUUUUAAUAAAAGCCAUUCUUUCAUAUCUGAUUACAGGCUUCUUGUAGAACUACAUAUGGCAUAGGUAGUCGUUUGGAAAUGAUGUGACCUUAUUAAAGUUUUUGAAUAUGUGUGCAGAAUCACCAA